AAAUGCAAGCUCGAAAGCUUGCACAUAUAAGUAUAUAUAUAUUAUAUUGCACAAUGUGGAAUAUAUUUAAGCAUAAUCAAGACAUUAAGACGUAUAAAAUGUAAUCAUUAAAAACAGUUGUGGAGCAGUUGAUUUAUACCUAUUAAUAUAUUUCUCAAUCGGUUGUCUUUGGUCUUUAUUAAAUGGUGAAUAUGUCGGACGUAGAGGAAGACUUUUGCAAAAAAAUGCGAAAGACCACCAGAGAAAUCCAUGCAGUCAGUGAUGCUAUGCUGAAUGCUAAGCUUGCCUUUGGUUUCUCAAAUGAUAAAGUCUGGGCAGAUGGUCUUCUAGUGUUUUACGAAAUUUUCCGAUAUCUGGAAGCUGCUAUGCUGAGAUUGAAAAACACAGAAGUCGGACAGCUCAGAAUAAAUGGACUUCAGCGUACAGAAGCUUUUGAAAAGGAUCUUGAAUUUUAUUUGGGAAAACACUGGAUGAAAAAUUACACUCCAAGAGAGAGCGUUGUUAAGUAUUUGAUUCGACUUCGAGAAUUGGAAGAGAAAGAUCCAUUACUUUUGAUGGCAUACAUAUAUCACUUGAACAUGGGACUUUUAAGUGGUGGAAUAAUUUUACGGAAAAAAAGGCAGCUCAUGCAGAAAAUCAAUCCAUUUAAAACCGACGCAUUGACGCUCGGUAAUAACCUAACAGACUUUGGCGAAUGUAGUAUUUAUGAAUUAAAAUCAGAAAUGCGCAGUAGGAUGAAUGAAAUAGCCAAGUCACUGGAUCUUGAAACAAAAAAUAAAUUGCUCGAAGAAAAGGAUAAUAAGGAUAGUCAUGAAAAUAUAUUUUUUGAUAGAAUCAUUGGCCACAUUGAAGACCUUCUCAUUGAAGACGAAUUUCAAUCAAUCCAAAAAUACUAUUUAAAUAAGUAUUGGAACAUUUUCGAACCUGUGGAAGAAAACAAAUUAAUAUACAUGGAAAUAUUUAAUGAAUAUAAUAAAGACAUUGAAAGUUACUUGGAUAGAAAUCUCAAAAAAAUUGUACCGAAUUUUUCCAUGGAUUAUUUCAUAAACGAAUUACAGAAAAGACGUUCAGAAUUAGAAGGGGAAGUUUUUGAAGUUCUUUCAUCUUUUACCGACUUUCUGGCAUUCAAAGAACUGAUUUUAGAUUAUAGAGCGGUUCAAGAAGGAAAAGUUCAAGAUUUGAGUAGCGGAAUAGUGAUAAAACAUCUAAGCUGAUGUAAUUUUUAAAAUCUAAGUUUCAAACAAUUAAUUUCUUUCUGUAACGGUAAAUUGAUUUUUAUAGCAAUU